AUGGCAAGAGUUCAUAUAUUGUUAUGCUUCACCCUUUUAUUUGCAUAUGUAACCUUUUUUGACGUGGCUUCAGCUUUUCUGAAGCUAAAGCCAUCUUUGCCUCAGAUUGAAGAUCCGAAGACGGUAGGUGAUGUGGAAGAAUACACUGUUCAAGUAGUGAUGGUAUUUGUGGGGGACCUCGAGAAAGAAUGUCCUAAAACAAGCAAAUUCAAAAUGUUCUUCGACAAACUCAGAGGAUUUGCCAAGUAUGUUUGCCCACUAAAAAUAUUUGGCAAAAAAGAUGAUGCGGACAUGAAGACCAAAGAAGCAGGCAUCCUCAAAUCCAUCGCCUCUUUUGCUAUUGGAAGGAUAAAGAGUGAAAUUCAAGAGGAGAAACAGGAAGCUAUCGAAAACUUUAAGUUUAUGAAAUCCUUGGCUGGUAGAAUUUUGGGUGGCCGCAAGAAAGAAGAGAAAGCAACCACGGCACUAACAGCUGAACAGCUGAAAGAAAUCAAAGAUGGGAUCUUGAAGUGGCAGACUACAAUUGUUAAGAUCACAAACACUAUGGUAGUUAGCACAACAACCAGCGAAAGCUCUGAAUCUACCACUGGAGGCUCUGAAGCCUCUACCACUGGAGGCUCUACUGGAAGUCCAUCAAACAAACCAGAAGCUGGUUCAAACAAACCAGAAGCUGGUUCAAACCCUGGAGGUGGAACUCCCUCUCAGGAUACAAACAAUGAAUCCGAAGAUACCACGAACACUGCUUCUACUGCAACUGAAACGGGAGGCUCUACGGGUCCUAACUCCGGAAGGUCUACUGGAAGUCCAUCAAACAAGCCAUCAGCUGGUUCAGACUCUGGAGCUGGAACCCCCUCUACGGAUACAAACAACCAAUCUCAAGCUUCCGCAAACUCUGCUUCAAGUGCAAGUUCUAGCCAGACCACGGAGAUCACAGUGACAGAAGUCGAGACUCAGACAUCCGAACAAGUUAUGACAUUCCUAAUGAACCUAGAGAAGAAGAGUCCGCAGAAAGAGGAAUACAAGCAAUUUUUCGAGAAACUAAAAAGUACCAUGACAGGAAAGGUUUCUUCUCCAAAGAAAAAAGGAGGCUUAUUCGCUAUGAUCAAAGGUGCUGUUGGAAAAAUAGGUGAUGCCAUGCAAUUUAUUCGUUCAAGAAUUGGAAACAAAUCAGCAGAAGUAAAGAAAUCAAUGGAAACUUACCAAGCAGAAGUGAUAAAGUCUAUGCAAGAGCUAGAUGCAAUCUACGCUAAAAUUGUAAGCCAAAAUCAAAGCAAGAAAGGAGGAGCUUUGACAUGCACACCCGAACAACAAGCAGAGAUUAAGACGACAAUCACCAAAUGGGAACAAGUCACAACCCAAUUUGUUGAGGUUGCUAUUAAGAGUGAAACUUCUACAACUUCUUCAUCUUCAUCAUCAACUUCUACCGGAACGGCCCAGGCAAACUGAACUCAAAGAUGACAAAACUAGUAACCAAUAGCUAAUAGUUUACAUAUUUAAUUUGAUUGUAAAUAAAACUAAGAUUGGUGUAGCCCAGCAAAUAAUAACUAUGUAAACUCAUAUGUAGUCUGUAAGCAUUCUAUAUGUUGAUCAUGUAAAAGUGAUGAUUUUGAAAUGAAGAUUUUCUGAUUUUUUUCCCU